AUGAAAAACUUGUUUUGUACAUGGUCAACGCGAUAUGCUGGUGACAAUAUGGAAAUUCUAAGGAAAUUCUGGGAAAUAGUUGUUGAUUGGUUUUUGUACAUUCCUAUCCGCAUUUGUUUUUAUGAAAGUAGACGCAUCUUUCGAGAUCGGUUGGUUGGGCCGAAGCACCGGGCGAAAUUCGAUGCGAUUUUACGACAAGUUGCGGAGGAACGCCUGGGCGGGUUGAUUCGGGUUGAAGAUUUCUCGUUUGAUUAUAAAGAGGAGGGGAAAUGGUCGACGAUGGUUGUGAGGAAAGGAGAGGAAGGGCGAGGGAUGUUGGCUCGAUUGUCUAAGGACGAUUACAAGGAUAUGAUUUCCAAUUUCAUUGCGACCUACGAAAGAGAUGUUGGGCCUUUGGGUAUUACUCUGGUGGAAGAGGUGUUGGAGAAUCUCGCUUGUCUUGAUCGAGCAUUAGGGAGUGGUGAUGUGGGAUCGGCGGGAUGUGCAUGCGUGCUAAUGAUUGGACGAUCGGGGGGCGUGAAUUCGUUGGUGGCGAAUGGUGACACGGAGGAGUUGAUUUUUGGGGAGGAGAGGGAAAUGGUGUACUCACAAAUAAAGGAGGAUUAUCAGAUUGAGAUGCGCCCGGGCGAGAGCAUUCAGGAGUAUCUUUCCCGACGCACGCGGAAGAAUUUGAAGACGUCUUUGGUGGUGACUUCGAGAAAUCUGAGAAAUAUUCUGGAGGAAAACGGGCGGCCUAUGGUCUCCUAUCAUAAGUCACUUUGUGAGGUUACGGUUGAUAUUCACGAGAUGCUGAACUGUUGCCCAAAAUAUCUCUCGACGCUGUUGAAGUUGUGGACGGCAGGAUUUAAAAACAAUUCGGAGAAAAUAGGGAAGGAAAAGGAAAGAUUGAAUCGGGGGUUGGCGAAAUUGAAAGAUAUGCAUGAAACGGUUGAUCGAUUGACGAAGGAAGCCCGGGUGAAGGAGGAGGAGUUGACGAGGAAAGAGAGAUUGGCGAAUGAGGCCUUGGAGGGAAUUGAAAAAGGCUUGGAGGAAGCUGCGAAGUAUAAGGCUGAAGUGGCGAUUUUGGGAGAAAAAACUAAAAAUGAGGAAAUGAAUUCGAAAAGGAAGCACGCGAGGAUAGAGGAGGAGUUGGCGGAAAUACGACCGGUGUUGGAAGAAGCGCGGAGGGCGGUUGGGUCGAUCAAACAGGAUAACUUGAAUGAAAUUAGAGCGUUGAAAAUGCCUCCGGAAGCGAUACAUGACGUACUUUAUGGGGUAUUGAUAUUAAUGGGAAGCGCGGAUGAGAGUUGGAAUGCGAUGAGGAAAUUCUUGUCGGGAUAUUCUCGAGUGGUGGAGAAGGUAGCUCCGAUGGAAGCACAACUGCACGAAGCUGAGGAGGAUCUGCAUGCGGCUCGGUUGCGGUUACAUCAAUGCGAAGAGGAAAGGGAAAAGAUAUCAGCAAAAGUGAAAGAAAUGCAGAAGGAAUUCGCGGCUAGAACAGGAGAAGCGGAAGCACUUCGUAACGGCGUUGAGCAAGCUAGAGGGACGCUGGCUAAAGCGGUGGGGCUUUUGGAGGGUUUGGAGGAGGAGAAGAAGCGAUGGGAGGGGGAAUGUGCUCUACCGGUCCUUUUCAUCGUCACCCCGGGAGCUGAUCCGACACGGGAGUUGACGGAGCAUGCGGCUGCUACUGGGCACAAGUUGGUGUCGAUGGCGAUUGGUGGUGGCAAUGAAGGAGAGGCUUUAGAGCUGCUCAGACGAGGGAUGGCUGAGGGUUAUUGGGUGCUCAUCGUGAAUCUACACUUGGCUCUUGCUUGGGCGGGGAGAAUCGAAGUUGAGCUCCGCAGUGGUGAUCCUCAUAGGAACUUCAGAUGCUGGCUUACUACAGAGCCUCGAGACGACUUCCCGCGAAUGUUAUUGGAAUCGUCUCUGAAGGUUGCAUUUGAAUUUCCUCCGGGGGUACGCGAUAAUGUAAAGCGAAUCUGCGAGAGUUGGGACGCUCGGUGGUUCGAGGCAGGCAACGUCCAGCGAUCUCAAAUUCUUUUCCUCUGUGCAUGGUUUCACGCUGUAGUUCAAGAAAGGGCCUCGUUCCUUCCGCAGGGAUGGACAAAAGACUAUGAAUUUUCCACAGCUGAUUUAAAGAGCGCUUGCGAGACGGUAGUGCAAGUUGUGAAGGAGGAUGGCAGUGGUGCGUGA